UAGUUUGAGAAAAAACCCCCAAAAGCAAGCAAACAAGCCCUUCAGCUCCAGAGUUUCUCUUCAAAAUUCGCACACCAAAAUCAUCGAAUCUCAGAUUUUGGCGAAAAUGACUCAAGACGUUGAGAUGAAGGAGCAGCAGCAGCAGCCUACCCCCUCCGAUUCAGUCGCACCCCCUUCUCCAUCCACUCUUCAGUAUUUGAAGGAUAUUGCUGCACUGAUUGAGACGGGAGCUUACUCUCGGGAGGUCCGAAGGAUUGUGAGGGCUAUUCGGUGGACGAUUCAGCUGAGAAAGAAUCUCAAUGCUUCUGUGCUUUCUGCAUUUCUCAGUUUUGCACUUGUGCCUGGAUCUGAGGUGCAUUCGCGCUUGUCUUCGUAUGUUCCUAAGGAGGAUGGGCAUGAUAUGGAUGUUGAUAGCGCAACAUCUGGUACUCCUGCUCCCACAAAGCACUCCUUGCCCGAGCUUGAGAUCUUCUGCUAUUUGGUGGUUCUAAUAUUCUUGAUUGAUCAGAAGAGAUACAGCGAGGCUAAAGCUUGCUCUUCCGCGAGCAUUGCUCGUCUCAGGAACCUGAAUAGAAGAACUGUUGAUGUACUAGCAUCCAGGCUCUACUUUUACUACUCUUUAAGCUAUGAAAUGACUGGCGACCUUGCUGAAAUUCGAGGUAAUCUUCUUGCUUUGCACCGAACUGCAACUCUGCGCCAUGACGAGUUGGGGCAGGAAACUCUUCUCAACUUACUGUUGAGGAAUUACCUCCACUACAACUUGUAUGAUCAAGCUGAGAAACUGAGAUCAAAGGCUCCUCGUUUUGAAGCGCACUCAAACCAGCAGUUCUGUCGCUACCUGUUUUACCUUGGAAAAAUCAGGACGAUUCAGUUGGAGUACACUGAUGCUAAGGAUUCCCUACUCCAAGCUGCCAGGAAAGCACCCAUUUCUGCUCUUGGAUUCCGCGUUCAAUGCAACAAAUGGGCUGUGAUUGUCCGCCUCCUGCUUGGCGAGAUUCCAGAAAGAACUGUCUUUAUGCAGAAAGGGAUGGAAAAGGCACUGAGGCCAUACUUUGAGCUUACAAAUGCUGUUCGAAUUGGAGAUUUAGAGCUCUUCAAAUCAGUGGCUGAGAAGUUUGCUAGCACUUUCAGUUCCGACGGAACCAAGAACUUAAUCGUUAGGCUACGUCAUAAUGUUAUCAGGACUGGCUUACGCAACAUUAGCAUCUCAUACUCGAAGAUUUCGCUAGUUGAUGUUGCAAAGAAGCUGAGAUUGGAUUCUCCAAACCCCAUUGCAGAUGCUGAAAGUAUUGUAUCCAAAGCAAUCAGAGAUGGUGCAAUUGAUGCUACAUUAGAUCAUGCUAAUGGUUGGAUGGUAUCAAAAGAGACUGGUGAUAUUUACUCUACAAACGAGCCUCAGAUUGCAUUUAAUUCGAGGAUUGCCUUUUGCCUCAACAUGCACAAUGAAGCGGUGCGGGCCCUACGUUUUCCACCUAACUCGCACAAGGAGAAGGAGAGUGCAGAGAAGAGAAGAGAGAGACAACAGCAAGAGCAAGAGCUUGCUAAACAUAUAGCUGAGGAGGAUGAUGAUGAAUUUUAAUGCAUCAUAUAUCUAUCGGUUGUUGCCUAUUAUCUCUCUUAAAAUGUUGCACUAGAUUUAUCGAAAAAAAUCCGAGCCAUUUCAUUCAGAAUGAUGGGGCUACCAAUUCCCUUUUUUUUUCCUUUUUUUUUUUUUUAAAUCUUUUGGAGUUUCAUUUUCGUUUAUAUGAGAACGUUAAUUUGUUUCGCUCUUGCAGUGGACGUUAAAAGUCCAAAACUUAUUCCUUGUUAAAAUGUUUGACAGCAUGUUUCUUAUUCUAAUCCUUAUUUGCAUCUGGUAAA